AAACCAGCACCGUGAUCUGCCACAUCAAGAAUUUCACCAUAUCAAACCUCUACAACAAUCCUACGUGGCAUGCCCACACCCACAAGCUCAAGCUUAUAGUAUCUCACUUGUCUCCCCUCUCCAUCUCCAUCUCCAUCUCCAUCUCCAUCCUUCUCUACUUGUAACUUCUGUUGUGAACUCGCUCGCUCCACCAAGAAAGGAUGGCAUCUUUGGCGGCAUCCACGGCGGCUGCCUCUCUCGGAGUCUCCGAAAUGCUUGGCAACCCCCUCAAUUUUAGUGGUGCCUCCCGGUCUGCAGCAGCUGUAUCAAAGUCGGUAAUUUUCAAGACUGUCGCACUCUUUUCUAAGAAGAAGGCAGCUCCGCCGCCAAAAUCGAAGCCUGCCGCCGUCUCACCGGCCGACGAAGAGCUUGCCAAGUGGUAUGGUUCUGAUAGGAGGAUUUUCUUGCCGGAGGGGCUGUUGGACCGGUCUGAGAUUCCAGAGUACCUGACCGGAGAAGUUCCUGGAGAUUAUGGUUAUGAUCCUUUCGGUCUCAGUAAGAAGCCCGAAGACUUUGCAAAGUAUCAGGCAUAUGAGUUGAUUCACGCAAGAUGGGCAAUGCUUGGUGCAGCUGGUUUCAUCAUCCCCGAAGCCUUCAACAGGUUCGGUGCCAACUGUGGGCCCGAAGCAGUAUGGUUCAAGACAGGAGCUCUACUCCUGGAUGGAAACACAUUGAAUUACUUUGGAAAGUCCAUCCCCAUCAACCUCAUUGCUGCUGUCAUUGCUGAGAUUGUUCUUCUUGGUGGUGCCGAGUACUACAGAAUUAUUAAUGGCUUGGACUUGGAGGACAAGCUCCACCCAGGUGGUCCUUUUGACCCACUGGGGCUUGCAAAGGAUCCAGACCAGGCUGCUUUGUUAAAGGUGAAGGAGAUCAAGAAUGGUAGACUCGCAAUGUUUGCUAUGCUUGGUUUCUUCAUUCAGGCUUAUGUUACAGGAGAAGGUCCUGUUGAGAACCUUGCAAAGCAUCUCAGCGAUCCUUUUGGCAACAACUUGCUUACUGUCCUUGCUGGAUCUGCUGAAAGAGCUCCUACCCUGUGAUUUUUCAUGUCCUGAAAGCUAUUGGCCCUGCACUUUAAAACUUUGAAUGCAUUAAUGUACAUUGAUCUCACCGAGAAAUUUCAAGGCCUGGAACAAUCUAAUCCUUUCUUAUGGUAGACUACUUGCGCUCCA